AUGUCGGACCCUAGAAUUAAAACUAUCAAAAUUAAAACAGGUGUAGUGAAAAGGUUAACUAAAGAUAAGGUUAUGUACGAAAAAGAAGCUGAACAACAGGAGGCAAAAAUUGAGAAAUUGAAAAGUAAAGGUGAAGACGAGUUCAACAUAAGGAAACAAGAGGAAGUUCUGCAGGAAACCCUUAUGAUGGUACCAAGCAGCCAACGACGACUACAGAAAGCCUUCGAAGAGCUGAGCAAUAUUGUUGAAAGUGAGAAAGAUCUAGCCGAGGAUCCGGAAUACUUAGCAGCCGUGGAGGUGCUUGAGGGUGCUAAACCACACAUACCAGCCUAG